AUGUUUGUGUUAGUACAAAUGAAAGACACGGUUCGGAUUCCCCCGAGGCUCUUUAAUCUUGACACCAUGGAUGCUAUCAGGGAGGCACUCAACAAAAAAUUUGCCAAUAAGGUUGUUUACAAAGUUGGUCUUUGUAUUGCUCUUUGGGAUAUAGAAACAGUUGAAGACAGUUACAUUUUCCCAGGAGAUGGGGCAACACACACAAUAGUGCACUUCAGAUAUGUGGUUUUUCGUCCUUUUGUGGAUGAAAUCUUAACUGGGAGGAUCAAAAGCAGCAGCAAGGAAGGCGUACAUGUGACCAUGGGAUUUUUUGAUGACAUAAUGAUUCCAUCGGAUUCCUUGCAGCACCCGUCUAAAUUUAGCAAGCAGGAGCAGCUGUGGAGUUGGGAGUAUGAAGCUGGUGAAGAGGGCAAGGUGGAUUUACCAAUGGAAAUUGGAGGAGAUAUUAGGUUCAGGGUUGUGGAUGAAAAAUUUAUAGACACAACUCCAUCAAGUCCUGAGGAAAACAUCUCCAUGCCUCCACCAGCAACCACACCCUCAGGAUCCCAGGUGCCUUUAUGUGAUCCUGGUGCCAAGAAAGCACCAUAUGUUUUGACAGGAUCUAUCAGUGAGAUGGGUCUAGGAAUGCUGUCUUGGUGGAACACUGGCUGA